AUGGACAAGGUCCAGUUAAUCAGACAGAGAUUGCUUGCAGCUCAAAGUAGACAAAAGUCUUAUGCUGAUAAGAGAAGAAGAGAUUUAGUGAUCACAAUUGGGGACAAAGUGUUCCUACGAGUCUCCUCUAUGAAAGGUAUGAUGCGGUUUCAGAAAAGAGGCAAGUUGAGCCCUAGGUUUAAAGGACCGUAUGAGAUACGAGACCGAGUGGGAGCUGUGGCUUAUCGUUUGGCACUUCCUCCUGAGUUGUCAUUUAUUCAUCCAGUAUUCGAUUUCUCAAUGCUAAGAAAGUGUAUAUCAGACUCAUAUCAGGUGAUUGGAGCACCGACUAUACCGCUCGAUGAGAAGUUGUCUUACGAGGAGGAGCCGAUGGCUAUUGUUGAUAGACAA